AUGGAACCCAAUGGAUCAUUGCCAGUGCAGGAACCCACCCACACAAAGAACCUGUGGGCUCUGGGCGCCAUCGGCAGCUCCCGCUCCUCCCCUGCCCACACGCCCAGGCCCGGAGCGGGAACCCGGCAGCACAAGGGGCCCGCUCCGCCUGGCUCGGGGACAGCUGCUGUCACCAGCGCCACAGGGACACACGGCGUGCUCCCGCAGGGCCCGGCAGCGCAGCGGGAACACACGGCGGCUCCGGGGACACAGGGCCCCGCCGCCAGCCCUCCCCUUCCUUCCCGUCCCGCUCCCGCAGCCCCGCACUCACCCGCGGGCGGGAGGAGGCAGGGUCGGCCCGGUCCCGCAGGAUGUGCCGCUGGAAGCGGGGCGGUCUGGGAGUCACGGCGGCCCGGCAGCGCAGCGGGAAGCAGCGGGAACACGCGGCGGCUCCGGGGACACACGGCCCCGCCGCCAGCCCUCCCCUUCCUUCCCGUCCCGCUCCCGCAGCCCCGCACUCACCCGCGGGCGGGAGAAGCACGGAUCGGCCCGGUCCCGCAGGAUGUGCCGCUGGAAGCGGGGCGGUCUGGGAGUCACGGGAGGAGAGGCUUCCGGGCGGCCAUAGGAAACAGCGCCGUGCCCGCGUUGUUCCUGGGUGUGUUCCGACGGGAACGCGGCAGUGCCUCCGCUGGAGCUGCUCGUAGGAUUAAAUUUUGCUUCGUGCACACAAGAGUAUCUGGGCUUUAG